GAAGUUGUACAGAAGAGAGGAAAAAUAGGUCUGGAGAAAAUUAAACAAGAAAAAAUAUAAAACGUGUAGUGCUGUUUUGUAGAAAAUCACAAAUUAUCCUCCCCCCUUCCAUUCAUACCACCACCCUCUGGUAGGAAAGCGCAAACAAGUUUAGAAAACAGAAAAAUAGAGCUCAUGCCAAAUUAGCAUUUUAAAGUAACAAAAUUCUCAAACCUAUGCUGAGCCUGAUUUCCUAAGGCCUUUAUCAUGUGUAAAACCUUUUAAAAUAUAUAAAACAAAAUGGUGCGACCAAUCAUUAAAACCAAUGGCAUGACCAUUGGUCAUGGUAUUUGUUUUGCACCAAUCAUUGGUUCUGUUAUUAGGUUUGUGUGUGCUAAAUUAGGCCCACAAUGCACUCUGAAUUGGUGAGACUGGUUGAGACGCGGCUUAUAGUCAGCACUAUUUACCCCUUAUGAAGAAGGCUGGGAGUUGUAGUUCACUUACACAUGAAUCAGUUAAACUAGAGGCCACUCAGCUGCCUAAAAUCCAACUUGGUUGUACCCACAGCUGAGAGAGACUGCAGUCAGUAGAAGUGAAUUGGAGUGGGGUAUGAUAUAACAGCCAUUAUAACUACAAUACAUAGAUUUUUAAAAGUUAUGUUCUCAAAAGUUAAUAUCAAUGAGUCACAACCCGCAAUCUGGCAGAUGGCAAACUUGCCACCCCAAUAAACAGUACUUAAUUUAGGACACAUUGGCCAACAAGCUAUUUAAAUAUUAUCAUUAAUUAAGAACCCUGACAUAUGUGUUACUUACUGCACAUUUACCAGAGAACGUAGACUGAUGAUACGUUUAAAAAAAUAUUAUAGUGCACUGUUACAAUUGAUUUAGACUCUACAGUCACCGAUCGGUUUUUCACAAACGCGGUUUUUCUAUCAUAUCUCUUUCGGCCCUACGAGGUCUCCGUACAUCGUAAGCUGUUUUGCGGCUACAUGGAUAGCAGAAGCUGAGGCGUCACGACAGUAGCCUAUUCUGAGCAAUCAUACAUUACUCAUCGCUGUAAAAUUCCGAUAAUCCCGCUUCGUGAUGCUGUUGUUGUUCAUUGGAUAUUUAUUAGAGGAAUUUUUGAUGUAGCUCCGGAAGAAACCUGCAGAGUUCCGGCGUAGAGUUCAUUCUCAGGGACUGGUCGAGAGUUAAUUCUUGGGGACAGAUCUUCAAGCCGUGGUGUCAGCGAUGUCGGAAGCCAUCCUGGCUUUUCACUCCCAGCUCUCCGUCGUCAUGGAGACGGUCCUGAAGGCGGCCAUGUUUGAGAUCACCAGGCUGGUGGAGGUCAGCUUCCUGGAGGAAGUGAUGCGGGGCAGACAGGAAGUGGAGGCACUGAAGCAGAGGCUGCAGCGGUCGGAGAGGAGGCUGAUGGGGCGGGACGGGGGCAGCAGAGGCCGCUGUGGGGAGUGUGGCAGAACUACAGCCCCCAGACAGGAAAGAGCACCCCCUGGGUUUGAGGAUGGGCGCGAUGUGAAGGAAGAGACGGAUGCAGAGGGAAGCCUCAGUAGCUGUGUGUGGGAAGUGCCCAAUUCCCCACCACCAGGAGUACCACAGGAAGUAGCCACGCCCACCAGAACUCCAGAUGGGGGAGCCGCAGAAAUAAUAACUAUAGAUUUGGAUGAGGAUAGGACCGACUCGCCACACGGCACUGAGGACCUGAAAGAGGUCACCUGCCGAAGAGAUGGAGACGGUCUCCAGGGGCAACCAAGCCAACAUCAGCAAGAAACAGACGCUGUCCCGUGGGAGGAGGAGGAGGUGUGGGACCUGGGUCUCUCGGCUCAGCAGAGGGACCGAUGGGGUGCGCGGGGGGUCCCGCCCAGACUGAAGCCCCGCCCACAGCACAAGGCCCCGCCCAGCGCCGGCGCGUUUGGGCUGGAGGGGGCCGGUCCGCCUUUCGCCCCAGAGCGCGCCUCCGGUCCUGCGGAGCGGGAGUCGGAGAGCGGCUCGAGGGUGGAGCGUGGCGGUAACGAGGCCAUCCCGUCUCUGGGAGGGGGGGUGAGGGUGAAAGUGGAGGCCGUCCCGUCGCAGGGCGGGUCUCUCAAACAGGAGGAGGACGUGCCGUCGGCGUGCCGGACUCGGGCCGAGCCAGCGGCCGCCCACCUGCCGCGCAGGGAGUACGGCGAGGGGAGGGGCAGAACGCCGCCGGCCGGGCUGCCGCGCGCGGCCACGCCCGAGGGCGACCCGAGUCCCGCCGCGCCCGGCGACGCCGAGCCCCGCCCCGGCGAGGCCGCGGGGGAACAGUCUUUCUCCUGCCUGCACUGCGGUAAGAGCUUCAGCCAGCUCCGCAACCUGAAGGACCACCAGAGGUACCACACGGGCAACAAGACGCACAGCUGCGCGCACUGUGGCAAGGGCUUCGUCUACCUGUGCCACCUGAAGGUGCACCUGCAGAGCCACACGGGCGAGAGACCCUACAGCUGCGCGCAGUGCGGGAAGACCUUCACCUACCUGUGCAACCUGAAGUCCCACCAGCAGUACCACACGGGGGAGAAACCCUUCAGCUGCGCUCAGUGCGGCAAGAGCUUCCGCCACCUGAGCCACCUGAAGAAGCACCGGUUCAUGCACACUGGAGAGAGACCGUACAGGUGCGCAGACUGCGGGAAACGGUUUGCCGCAAACGGGGACCUGAAGAGACACCAGCGGAUUCACACGAUGUCGGACGUCGCAGGGAACGCCGCGCGGAACGCCUUCAACGCCCAGCUGGCCUCGGUGAUGGAGUCGCUGCUGGCGGCAGCGGUGUGUGAGAUCAGCCGGAUCUUUGAGGGCAGUCUCUCAGACUCGCGGGCGGAAGCGGAGCGGAGCAGGGAGGAAGUGGCGCUCCUGAACAGGAAGCUGGAGGCGCUGGAGGGCCGGCUGAAGGAGGCGGGGGAGGGGGCGGGCGUGACCUUUGACCCCAGCGGCUUCGCUCUGGCUCCAGACGCAGGUAUAGGUGACCCCUCCCACAGGGAUGGGCGUGGCCAGGCUAGAGGUGUGAAGGAGGACCAGGACCUGGAGGUGACAGAGCUGGAGUCAGUCAUCUUCAGCCAGGACAGAGCUGUGGUCUCCAUGGCGAUCAAAGAGGAGUUGUUGGAGCAGGAUCCUGAGCUCCUAUCAGUGGAGCUGACGGGCCCCGAGGGGAACAGCCCAGGGGCCCCAGAGACGGUGGGACUAAAGGAGGAAGGAGCUGUGCAGCGGACCGGGCCCAAACCGCUCCAGAACCCAGAGCUGCUGCUGGACCUGUUAACCGCGAGGCCCAAGCUCGUACCGGGCCAGCCCAGCUUCCCCUCGGACGGGUUCAGCAGCCGGGGACCGCCGGGGGGGUCCGGAGGUCCCGGUGAUCCACUGCGCUUUUUCGGCACAAAGCCGGGACAGGCACCAGCCGCGGUGGCAGAAGGUUCCGGUCUCUCGUCCGUUCCCGAGGCCGUCGGCGACGUGACCGUCACCGCUUCGUACCGCCGCUGCCACCCGAGGUUCGACCCCCGCAGGGGUUCUCAGGUUACCGUGCCAACGGGCUGGCCAGACAGCGAGAAGGUGGGCCUGGUGAACCAGCGGCCAGGCCUGGAUUCGCAGUACCGCGCGGAGGGCGGGGCAGCGGGGGCGGGGGCGGGCUCCAGACCCCUGCCCGUGCAGGGCCCCCCAGGGGAGAAACCGUACCCCUGCCCAAGCUGCUCCAAGGCCUUCAUCAGCCCCUCCCACCUGAACGUCCACAUGCGGGUGCACACUGGGGAGAGGCCGUACUGCUGCCCGCAGUGCGGGAAGAGCUUCGCCCACAACGGCAACCUGCGGGCGCACCAGCGCCAGGUGCACCUGGGCAAGAGGCCGUACCCGUGCGCCGAGUGCGGCAAGAGGUUCAGCAAGAGGGGUAACCUGCGCACUCACCUGCAGCAGGUGCACCUGGGCAGGAGGCCGUACCCCUGUCCCCACUGCAGGAAGGCCUACUUCUCUCUCAGGGACCUCAGGAUUCACCAGAUCGUCCACGCGCAGGUGGCGCUAGCAGAGGGGCUGAGCCGGCGGCUGACACGUUGGGCUGGGGGAGGGGCCGCUGCAGCCGCGAGCGGGAUGUCGGACGCCGCGGGGAACGCCGCGCGGAACGCCUUCAACGCCCAGCUGGCCUCGGUGAUGGAGUCGCUGCUGGCGGCGGCGGUGUGUGAGAUCAGCCGGAUCUUCGAGGGCAGUCUCUCGGACUCACGGGCGGAAGCGGAGCGGAGCAGGGAGGAAGUGGCGCUCCUGAACAGGAAGCUGGAGGCGCUGGAGGGCCGGCUGAAGGAGGCGGGGGAGGGGGCGGGCAUGACCUUUGACCCCAGCGGCUUCGCUCUGGCUCCAGACGCAGGGUUUGGGGCGGGUGCAUGUCUCUCGGGGGGGCCCCAGGUGGACCCCCAGCAGGGGGGGGACGAGGCUGGCCAGGUGAAGGACGAGCUGCAGGUGACGGAGCUGGAGUCGGUCAGCUUCUUCCAGGACGGUGCGGAGCUGGACCGGGUACACGUCAAAGAGGAGUCUGCAGGGGAGGACCCUGAACCCCGUCCUGUGGAGGGGAAGGGGAGGGAGGGGGCUGGAGCUCCAGGAGUCUCAGCUCACCUGCGGCCCGCUUCAGACGCCAGCCUGGCAGCUGUAGGGGACGGCACUGUGAGAUGGACGGUGGUUCCGGGGGCGGGUCCGGGCCCAGUCCUGGCGCAGAAGCCUGCGGAGGGGCCGGCAGCAGCGGGUUUGGGGUGUGUCCCGCACCAGCCCCUCCCCUCCAGGCCCGGCUGUGUCGCCAAGGGGUGGGGCAACACCGUGCUGAGCGGCGACGCGGCGGGAGGGUCCGGUCACGGUGUCAGGACCAGGUUGAGCCCUGCGCCUAGCCACGCCCACAGGAACGGACACGCCCACAGACCUGCCCAUGACCACGCCCACAAAUCCGCCCUCAGCUGUGCUCACAGACCAGUCCCUGGCCAAAGAACUGCCCCAGACCACACCCACCGACCGCCCCCUGCUGCCCCUGAGGGUGCCCCCACCAACGGAUGGGCUGGCAAGGCCGGGGUACCCUGCCUGGGGGGGCGCGAGGCCCCCGCCCAGCCAGUGCACCCCCCUCCUGGGGGGCAGUUAGAGGGUCUGGAUCCCGAAGUCAGGUUCGUGAGGUCUCCAUACUCAGCGACAAACAGCAUCCCAGCUGUGCAGAGGUAUCACCUGAGCCCCGGGGGGGCUCUGCGGGGGGGCCGGCCCAACACCUGCCCCGUCGCCAAGGUAAAGCUGAAGGCCCCCCUGAGCGCUGUGGGCAGGGAGAGACCGUACAGCUGCCCGUACUGCGGCAAGGCCUUCUUCUACCCGUCCCAGCAGAGGAGACACCUGCUGCGGCACACGGGCGAGAGGCUGCACCCCUGCGCCCAGUGCGAGAAGAGCUUCGUCACGCCGUCCGAGCUGAGCGUGCACGUGCGCGUGCACACGGGCGAGAAGCCCUACGCCUGCCUGCACUGCGGGAAGAGGUUCAACCGGACGGGAAACCUGCGGGCGCACGAGCGGGACGUGCACCUGGGAAAGAGACCGUUCAGCUGCGCAGAGUGCGGAAAGACCUUCGCUCAGAAAGGGAACCUGAGGACCCACCAGCAGCGUGUGCACCAGUCCCAGAGACACUUACCCAGCACUGAGCGAGAGCGGUUAACGCAGCUCGCCUCGGUAAUGGAGAUCCUGGUGAAAGCGGCGAUUAGCGAAGUGACAAAGAUUGUGGAGGGAAGCCUUGCUGGUCUGCAGGCGGAAAUCGACGAGCGGAAAAAAGAAAACGAGUCCCUAAAACUGAAGCUUCUGGUGAAGGAGACGGAAUGGAGAACAGAACGCGCGUACGGCUCGAUUGCCCACGCCGCCAGCCACCGUACGGUGGGAGUCCAGGUCCAUGACGGCGAAGUGGGGACGGGCGGGGGCACGCUUGCGGAAGAGGAGGGGUUUCUGGGCGAGGACUGGAGCUGCAGCCUGUGGAAGUCGGUGGCACCGCGACGGGGCGACGUGGCCAAACCAGAGUCCCACAGCGGCUUUCCGCUGGACCGGGCCGAGGUGGAGUGCAUCGUCAUCAAAGAAGAGUCCGCAGACCUGGAGGAGCAGGCCAUUGGCCAAGGCUGUGCCAGUCAGCGGCAGGAGGAAGGCCACGGAUUCGCCGGGAAAAGGGCGGUGGAGUCCCAAGCUGUUCUGGACGGGGGCGGGGCAGGGCGUGGCUCUCAGCCGCAGUGCUGCGAGGGGGAGUGGGACUGUGGGGGGGGGUUGCCCCGGGAGGGCCUGUACGAGCCGGAGUCCGAGCUGGAGCAGGAGGACCACACCCUGGGGGCGGGGCUUGGGGCUGGGCUGGGGGCGGGUCUGGACUUCAUCAUGGCAUCGGCGGUGGGCGGGGCUUGGCAGAGCGAGCCAGCCUGCAGCACAGAGCAGCCCCCACCAAUCGCCCCCCCCGCCAAGGACAAGGGCCCCCCGGGGGGCAAAGUGGGCUGGCCCACUCCGGCCAGCCCGUACGCUGAGGGGGGGGAGGGGGGGCCGCAGCGCUGGCCGGACCAGCAGCAGGGAGGGGGCGGGUUCCACAGCCCCUGCCUGACGUACCCCAGCGAGGCCGGCGCCCCACCGCGCUUCCCCCGGGCGGAGCCUCAGGAGCGGGACAGCGCCAGCGGCUUCCCCCCGCCAACGCCCAGCCAGAACUGCGUCGCCCCCGGCGACGGCCCCAACAGGUGCGGCCUGUGCGGCAAGACCUUCAGCACGCCGUGGACGCUGAAGACCCACCAGCGCGUCCACACCGGGGAGAGACCGUACUCCUGCGCCGUCUGCGCCCGGUCUUUCCAGAACAUGGACAACCUGAAGACUCACCAGCUGGUGCACACUGGGGAGAGACCAUUCGGUUGCCCCCUGUGCGGGAAGAGGUUCAGCCUCCUGCGUAACCUGAAGACUCACCAGCGGACUCACACCGGGGAGAAACCGUACAGCUGCUCCCAGUGCGGCCGGACCUUUGGCCACCUGCAGAGCCUGGAGACACACCAGCGCAUUCACACCGGGGAGAAACCGUACAGCUGCACCCACUGCGGAAAGAACUUCAGCAUUGCGCAGAACCUGAAGACGCACCUGCGGAUCCACACCGGGGAGAAACCGUACUGCUGCACGCAGUGUGGGAAAUGUUUCAGCCAGCUGGGCAACCUGAGAACCCACCAGCGAACUCACACUGGGGAGAGACCGUACUGCUGCACUCAGUGCGGGAAGAGCUUCAGCCUGCUGCAGAACCUGAAAACACACCAGCGAAUCCACAGCGGGAACAGAGCUUAGCCCAGGAGCCGUGCGGAUAAGAACUGAACUGAGUACGUUUUGUUUUCAGGAAGGAUGUUGAAAUGUUGUCCGUCCUGUUGCCUCCAUUAAAACAAUGUGCAUUCUCUAA